CCUUUUUUUAAAAAAACAUUUUCCUAUUUCCUUCUGGAAACCACGUUUUCCUUUUUUUCUUCCCCCUCUCUUCCUUUUCAUUUACUCUCCUUACCCAGAAACUUCUAGAAACAACAAAACCUCUCUCUCUCUCUACGCGGCGGCUUUGCUGAGCUUCUGACGUUGCAGUGGCGGAGGUCAUUCUUAGGCGCGGUGGUCUUCUUCACUCCUCCGAUUCCGAUUCCGCUCCCGGUUUCUUCUUUUGCUGUUUGGUUCGAGGGGAGAAUCUCGUCUGAUUAAGGCGAAAUCGUUCCGUUUUAUGAUUUGGUAGAUUCCUACGGUUCAGAUCUGGAAGAAGCGGUGAUGGCUCCGUCGCCUGCGGAGCCGAUAGGCGAUUCUGGAACCGGAGAUUCUCAGAGAUCUAUUCCGACGCCGUUUCUAACAAAAACGUAUCAACUCGUUGAUGAUCCGGAUGUCGACGACCUCAUCUCGUGGAACGAAGAUGGAUCUACCUUCAUAGUCUGGCGACCUGCUGAAUUCGCUCGAGAUUUACUUCCUAAAUACUUUAAACACAAUAACUUUUCCAGUUUCGUCCGUCAACUUAACACUUACGGAUUCCGGAAGGUUGUGCCGGAUCGAUGGGAAUUUGCGAACGAUUGUUUCAAGAGAGGUGAAAAAGCACUUCUCCGAGACAUCCAGCGGCGGAAGGUAGCAGUGUCGGUGGCGGCUCCGGCGACCCCGGCCUCCGUCUCUGUACCACUGGUGACAGUCGCAGCGUCUCCGGCUGUGGCGGCGUGCGUGAUAUCGCCGGUGAAUUCUGCGGAAGAGCAGGUGACAUCCUCGAACUCAUCGCCGAUGGAAUUCCAGCGAGUUACGAGCUGCUGCACUACGCCAGAACUGGUGAGAGAGAACGAGCGGCUGAGGAAGGAGAAUAUGCAACUGAGUCACGAGUUGACUCAGCUGAAAGGGCUCUGCAACAACAUACUAUCGUUGAUGACGAAUUACGCUUCAGGUCACCAGCAGUUGGAGUCGGUGAGUGUCCGGGACGGGAAGGCGCUAGAGCUCUUGCCAGCAAGGCAGAUGAUGGAUGACGAAGGCGCCGUCAGCGACGGGAUUCAGGAAGUGAGACUGAAGGUGGAGGAGGCCGUGGCGGAGGGAAGGACGCCGAAGCUGUUCGGAGUUUCUAUUGGAGUGAAGCGCGUGAGAAGAGAGGAAGAAGAUGAAGAAAUGAUGGGGCCGAAUCACGUGCAGUUGGAAGAAUGUGAGACCGGGUCGGAGAUUAAAGCUGAGCCGUUGGAUGAGAACUCUGAAAAUCCAGAGGGAUCCGCAUCGCAAUGGCUAGAACUCGGAAAUCAAGGCUCCUAAAUGGCGUCGUUAGAGAUGAUUAACAAAGAAGAAGAAGAAGACGACGACGACGACGACGACGAUGACGUUUUUUCUAAAAAAAAAAAAAAAAAGAGAGAAUACAGACACAAGAGGAGACCAACCCGGCCCUAGAGAGCACGUAGAAUCUCACGUGUCGAGCACGUGAGCUAGAAAAUACACGAACUGAAAAUAAAUAUUUGUUUUUUGUUCGUGAAAGGGUUUCAGAUCGGUUGAUUGGUCGGUCCCUUUGUAAAAGAUGAAGCCGUGGAAAAUCAACCGGCUGGAUCGGUUGGUGGAGGGGAUGAAAUGACGGAAAACCCAACCCAGGAAGAACGGCAAUUGGGACUUCGUAAUUUUAAGUUUGUAACCUCUCUUCCAAUUUCUAUCUUCAGAAAUUUAAUUUAAAGGCUAAAAAGGAAGGAAAAGAAAAAGUGUCGGUUGUGUGGUUCUAUUGUUUUCCGGUAUCCGGUGGGCCGAUUGGAAUGUGAGGUGUAAUUUGUAUGGGCUGUUUAUGAGCCCACUGUAACGUUCCUCUUCAAUUUUGGGUUAUUUUCAAUAA